AUGGAAGGGGUAUGGUUUCCCAAGUGGGUCUUGCUUUUGGUUGUGUUGGGUUGCUUGUGUCUCUCUGGUUGUGUUGUUGAAGGUCUUGGUGUGAAUUGGGGAACCAUGGCAACCCAUAAGUUGCCGCCUGAGACAGUGGUUCAGAUGUUGAAGGACAAUGGGAUUCAGAAGGUGAAGCUUUUCGAUGCAGAUGAGUCUACUAUGAGUGCCUUGGCUGGCAGUGGUCUUGAGGUCAUGGUUGCUAUACCUAAUGACCAGCUUGCUGUCAUGGCCACCUAUAAACAGGCCAAAGAAUGGGUCCGCAGGAAUGUUACCCGCUACAAUUUCAAUGGAGGAGUUAACAUCAAGUAUGUAGCAGUUGGUAAUGAGCCUUUCCUCACAUCCUACAAUGGUUCCUUCCUGAAUGUCACGUUCCCAGCACUUCAGAACAUUCAAAAUGCCCUUAAUGAAGCUGGAGUUGGAGAUUCGAUAAAGGCUACUGUGCCCUUAAAUGCAGAUGUUUAUAACUCACCAGAGAGCAACCCUGUUCCAUCUGCAGGAAGGUUCCGGAGUGAUAUCAGUCCACUGAUGAUCGCUAUUGUCCAGUUCUUGGCCAAAAAUAAGGCUCCUUUUACUAUAAACAUCUACCCUUUCCUGAGUCUAUAUGGCAAUGAUGACUUCCCAUUUAACUAUGCCUUCUUUGAUGGGGAUACCAAUCCCAUUGUUGACGCCACCACUGGGAUUCAAUACACCAAUGUCUUCGAUGCUAAUUUUGAUACCUUGGUCUCCUCCUUGAAAGCAGUGGGAUUUGGGGAUAUGACCAUUGUGGUAGGAGAGGUGGGAUGGCCGACAGACGGGGACAAGAAUGCCAACGCAGGUAAUGCUUACAGAUUUUAUAAUGGGCUUCUACCAAAACUUGGAACCAACAGAGGCACGCCACUGCGACCUGGAUAUAUCGAAGUUUACUUGUUUGGACUGAUUGAUGAGGAUGCAAAGAGCAUUGCUCCAGGAAGUUUUGAGCGUCAUUGGGGAAUUUUCAGAUACGAUGGACAGCCCAAAUUCCUUGUCGAUCUUUCUGGCCAGGGUCAAAACAAGUUACUAGUGCCUGCGAAGAAUGUGCAAUAUCUUUCUAAAAAGUGGUGUAUGUUUAACCCAAACGCCAAAGAUGUGACCAAACUGGCAGAUAAUAUAAAUUAUGCUUGCACCUAUGCAGAUUGCACAGCACUGGAAUAUGGUUCUUCUUGCAACACUUUGGAUGCCAACGGCAAUGCUUCGUAUGCAUUUAAUAUGUACUACCAGGUUCAGAACCAGGAUGAUCUGUCCUGUAACUUCGAAGGUUUGGCUACGUUGACAACACAGAACAUUUCACAAGGGAAUUGCAAUUUCAUCAUUCAGAUUGCAACUUCAUCUACAUUUUCUCUAAGACCCUCAUUGGUAGGCUUACUACUAACGUCACUGUCAGCUUUGAUGUUGCUAUAG